GCCUGUGAGAGAAGCGGCGGCAUUGACGGUGUAGCCGCACCUUGACACCCGAGGCGAAUACUACUUCUUCCCCUUUCAUUUUUUUACCUCCUCGUGCUUAGAAAGAAGCAGUAGACGUGGAAGCUGACUGUAAUUUUGUUUGGUUGGGUCAGCCUAUCGCAUUAUUUUGCUUCAGCCCAACUCAGCACUUACUGCUUUACAGAUGGCAGCCACAGACAGUAUUACGAUGGCUACGCUAGGAGCAGUGUUUGGCUUGACUACCUGCCUCAGUGCUCAAAUCCGAGAGGAACCAGAGGAUCCUUUGAAUUAUUUCAUAGGAGGCUGUGCAACAGGAGCUGUCUUAGGUGCAAGAGCUCACAGUUACAUGACCGGAACCACUGCAUGUUUGGGUUUUGGACUUACAGCUGCUUUAAUGAAAAUAGGUAAAAAGGAGGGCUGGAGGCUGACAGGACCUCCCAAGCUGUAAAUGUAGCCUUUCUUCCCUCCGAGUUAUCUUUUAAAUGUUCUGUGUGAUAAGACAUUGUGUAAUAAAGAUACUAUCAAAUCAA